UUAGGACAAAGUUUCACGCAAAUCGAAGAGGGGUCGGGGAAACUGCUGUGUGAGUUGGCGGAGAAUUACCCCUAUACAAAAUUACAUACAAAAUGUAGUUGACUUUGGCUACUCGAGUUUUCGUCCAGUCGAGCUCAUACUUAGACUUCAGGCUUACAAUUAAGCUUUUCAAUGGAAAUUCAACAUCUUUACAAUUGUGCAUUUUUAUGAGGUGAUAUGAUUGAUUAAAAUAUUUCUGUCUCUUUGAAAUCAUAAUCACAAUUCUGUUUUGUAAAAUGCUAAAUAAAUAUUUUAUUCAUUUUUUCAAUAAUCAUGCAAAGCACUUAUUUUUUGAAUUUUCAUAAUUCAACCAAUACUAUUCAAUAUUCAACACAUUUUUAUAUUCUAGACACUUUGCUCAAAUUUCCGUUGUCUGCGUGAAAUUUAAAAAUUUUCAUUUCCUUAAUUGAGAUCCAGAUAUGUAUCACAACUCGACACUGUCACUUUGCCACUUUCAAUUGCUCAAUUAAAAAAUAUACUAAAACGUUGCUCAUCUUUCCACAGACUGAGAAUUUAUUUGUUGAAUGUUGGUUGACACAAGAAUGAAGCUAACCCAACUAAUUCAGUGCAAAAUGACACUACUGCCGUGACCGAGAUCACUCUUUCGUACACUCUACCUGCUCACAGAUCAGUCUUAUCAUCUCCUGAUUACGGAAAUUAAACAUACACACAACCUCGAUGCACACAAUCACUUUAUAAUCCACUAUUCUUGACGCGCAACAACCCAUCGUUUUGAGACACCUGUUCCACUGGACUAGCGCGUUCUAUGCCCGAAUAUCCGACAUAGCCGUCGUCGUCGUCGUCGUCGUCGUAACCUCAUCGGAAUAACCGCGAUCAAAGCGCGCGCGCACUUGUGGGAUCGCUGCUCUAGUUGGAAUAAUGUCAAUUUACUUUUUCCAUUUCACCGAAGGGGACCCAACAGUGAAUGCCGUAUGCGAUUGUUUCGGGGGGAGCGUCGUGCCAGUGUUGGUUGGACGAUCGUGGGGUCGUUUCUGGACACAAUGGCGUCCCGCGCACCCGCACAGCGUAAACAAACGAGAAAAAUGCCCAUAACACUAUUGGACGACGCGUGACGCGACCCAAAGUGUAGAGCAUCGUCGACGUCGGUCGGUCAUCAUGGAUACCGUGCGGUGAGAAUGUUUAUCUCGACCUGGAUCUGGAAUGUUUAUCUGGAUAAGGCACACGUUACAGCGUGUUGUUCGAUGUUAGAUAUGCUUGUAUUUCAAAAUCAUGCUCACCAUGGAAACGUUUUCUUGUUGAUUGGUAAUUCGUGAAGUUCAAUUGAAAGAUAUGAAGAACCUGGAACAAUGUCGUUGAAACAUAUGACAAGCGUUAAAACCAAUUGGAUCAAGGUCCACGAUGUCCACACGGCAUGUUUUGUGGGAAAGGAAGCGAUCGCGAUGGGAACCGGCUGCCACAUCCUGCUGGUCAACGUCAAUACCCAGGUGGAAAGCUUUUAUCGUGCGACCGAUCGGGCCAGCGGUGAGGGCGUGUCCUGCUUGAAUGGACACAAGAGUUUCAACAUUUACGCAUUCGCCGAAAGUUGUCCCCAGCCGAGGAUAUUCAUCGUGGCCUAUCCGGACAACUCGGUGCUGUUUGUUUUGGAAGGGGAUGAUAAAACGCUCAGCUAUAUCUCGCUAUGCUUUUCGGAGAGUGAGUACCUAGUGGCGCUGACCGGUUUACCGGAUUACUGCAUCGAAGUGUACGUUUGGAGAAACAAGGAACUGCUAAUAAGGCGCAAAACGGAAAUGCAAACCGAAAAACAGUCAAUCUCGUGCAGUCCGGCAUCUAUGCUGACGGUUUGUCAGCUAGCCUACAGUCAAGCCCAGAUAACACUGUGGGAAGUGCACGGUAAUGUGCGUUUGUGCCGAUUGAUUGAAAAGCCGUUGAAACUUCCGUUCGGGAAGGAGGAAGCACCCUUAGACGGAACAUUUCUAAUUGAUGGCACAUUAAUGGUCAUUAACCGCCUCGGAAGUGUGUAUAGUUUUUCAGCUACAUCCGGCCAAGCGAAUCAGAUUAUUAAACCAGCCGACGAACCAGGCCCGUUUUUUCCGCGACUAUUCUACUGCAAAGGUGGGCUGUUCCUCAGCGACACGGAUGGCAGUAUCAGCUUCCAUAAGCGCCAGAAGGGCGUCUGGAAUCAGCUGUGGAACAUGCGGGCACCGGAAACAUUUACCCUGCUUUUGUAUUACUCUGCCAGUGAUGGUUUGUAUGGAACGACUGUCGAAGGCCGGCUUGUACGAACUGUGGUUGAUAAUGAUGCUCGAAAUGUCGAAUUUGUCACGAUUAAAGCCCUCGAUUGCCAACUGACAAAUUUCGUUCCGGUAAAUCCUUUGGUAGAGUAUCUUGUGGCAAUGAAUUUCUUCGAUGAAUUGAUGGUGAUUGAAGGUAAUACUGGAGCAAGGCUAGUCUCGUACUCCGUUGACCAGAUGAGUUGUAUUAAAGAAAAUACUGCACUUCCUUUUGUCGCUGUUGGAACGCAUACUGGAAUUGUUCAUUUGUUGUCCGUGUACAAUCCAACGGAAGUAAAACCCUUAACCGAGUUUCAUCUAAGUCACGCUACAAUCUCAAACAUACAAUUUUCGGAAGAUGGUGGAUACAUGGCAGUUUUCGACGUCGAUGGGAACAUUUUCUUUAUUAAAGGACUUCCUGGAAGCUCAAUGGACAUAAUUCACCAUUUUGAAACAACAGCAAAUCUCAUCUCACCAUUAUUCAACGUGUGUGAAGAGUACAUGCAGAUCGUAUGCCUGGUUCAAGAAGAUCAAUCAAAUAUUGUUCAAAAAACAAUCAUGCAGUUGACCAUUUCAUUGGCCGAUGGAAGCCGCCAAGUUAAUUCAUGCAUAUCUCUACAUCAAUACACACAACUAGAAAAGAAACCUUCAUGCCAUUCAAAGUUUUAUGCCAUCAGAAAGCUGUCGAGUGAAAUUGAUGUUCUAGAACUGAACAAUGGCAGUGACAAUAAACUAACUGCAAAGAUUUGCUCGACAAUCAAAGUGAAACACCAGGUGCAAAACUUUCAAAUCAGCGUAGAUCAGUUCCAUAUGACCACGUGGAGCAUCGACGGCCUCGUGACCAUCUACGAAACAAAGUCUGAUAAACUGUUGGCGUACUUUAUCGCGCACGAUCGCAACAAAAUGGGCGCCAAACUCAUGCGAUGUGAUCUGAUGCAUCAGUACAUCUUCUCACUGGGACACAAUAAUUCCUUGGUUUGCUUCAAAAUGCAUCGGAGCUCCACCAACGCUCAACGUUACACUGAACUCAAGCUCAGUCUAGAGACGGAUGACGUGGCAUCAAUGUUCAUGAAUCCCACAAAAGGCUUCACUCCGAAAGGAUUUACCUUCACCAGGUGGAUAGAUAUGGAGAAGAUCAGCCGGUUGGAGAGUGAAAAGUUGGACUGUGAACCCGUCAAACUGGAGAUCAUCAAAGACUUCAAAGUGGUACGGACCAUGCUGAGGGAUCUGCUGGAUGCUAACGAGAUUGCAACCGAGGAGGAACAGUUGCCCAUUCAAGCUUUCAACUUAAAUGCCUCAGUUACAGAACAUCUUAAAGAAAUGGCGAAACAACAUCGAGAAGCUGAACAUCAACGACUUCUUGAUUACAUAGUCAUGCAGGAGGCUAUCAAUGAAAAAAUCAUUCAAUACUGCUGGAACACCAUGGAUCGUAAACCUUUAAGAGUCAGAUCAUUCUUCACGAAGUUGGCGGUGGAAAACUACGCUUCCCUUCCAAACGAACGAGAUGAUCAGUUUAUGCAGAGAAUGAUCGUUUAUCGCGAAACAGAACUCAUGGCCAGCCACGACGCUUUACUGCCAUGGAAGCCAACGCCUACUUACCAACUGGAAUCAAUUUUGAAUCGUGAUCCGGACUAUGGUAAUGUGAUUGAUGUCCUAUCACGCGCUGCAACGAAAAAGUAUUACACGCUCAACGGAACUACAACGCAUCUUUACAUGGAGCCCAUUUCGUUACGUUACGAACAACUAGAGGUUGUAACUUUUCAGCAACUGUAUUUCGAACAAGUUUAUGGACAUGUGGAAAUGAUGAGGUUACGUGAUUUGUUCAAUAAAAAGUUUGACGCUUUAAAAGCGAUGAAAGACGCAGAAAUGGCCGUUGUUCUGAAGCGAAACAACAGACUACGAGUUAUACAAAGUGAACUGUCGUUAAUAUCGAAGUUGCUUGGAACGCGUGAUUUUGAAAAGGAACCAAUUUCUGACCCAUGCCUCAAACCUGAUGAACAUCCUGAAUCUACGCUCAAAACCGAAAACCAUGAAAUAUCCGUUGCACCGUACUUAACGCCCAGCAUGGAAAACUUGUUGGCCCAGCAAAAGGCCGAGAGAGAACAAAGGCAACGGGAGCUGAUGGCGGAUGACUUCAAGGAUCGCGCGCUCAUGAUGAUGAUGGAUGGAGUUUUGGAGCAUCGAUGGGAGGAUGAAAUCAAGAAAAUUCCUCCCAUACCGCACUGCUUGGAAACCGGAAAGGAUCCACAAUAUUUCAAUGAAACCGACAUUCGUGAGGUAAAAGACUACGAAGAGCAGAUUGAACUUCUCCAUAGUGAACGAACACGCUACAAGAAGAUGCUUGAAUCGGAGAGGCUUGAAAUCGCCGAAAACUUGGAAGAUCAAAUUCAAAAGUUUAACACGACCGUUGGACAGUGUUUACUGGACAAAAUACGCAUAGAGUGUGCCAUUCGCGAGGAAGAGAUCCGUAUUAUAAGGAACACGUUUUACAAUCACCAGCGAUUGAUUUACGACAACGAUGCGAAACUCUUGAGGGAUUCUAUCAAUGAAGUUAAUAAGUGUAUUGAUGAGCUAACAGAAAUUACCAGUGAACUGCAGGAUAAAGUGAACGAUUACAAGAACAAUUACGAGACACUGAAUACAAAAGACAAGCUACUUGAUAAGCAAUUUAAGAUCAACUUUUCCGAUACAGCACAAUCUGCAAUCGUGGACCACGCGUAUAAAAUUUUCAAGCGACGCCCGAAAGCCCAACUGAGGGCCGUGGUCACUGUUUCGAUCUUUCAGGAUCUGGCAAAACGUAUCACCGCCAAGAAAGUGAACCAGCAGAGUAACAUUCUGCUGCCACCGGAAUGUAACGAAUUUCUGGCCUCCUGUGAUGGUUUGGAUCAAAUGUCCAACUGUCCCGCCGGCAUGGACAACAACAUGUGGCAAACGCUGUGCAAAAUGCGGCGCAUUAAGCUGGAGAGUGAAUUCAGGUUAAAAAGCUGCGAAAUACAGUUGGCUGAUUCGGAAGCCGCUUUGAACGCUUUCCACAAGGAAGUUUCAUUGAAGAAAAAUUUGCUUUCUGCGCUCGAAACCAAACUACAAGAUCUGCUAAAUGAAAAGUUCAAUGACUCCACCAACCGGACUGUGCAGAUUAUAAUGAAACGCGGCUUGAUUGAGGUUCCCAUGUCCGGCAAAACGGUCGACUUCGACAGUUGCAUUCUGAUCCACCGGACCGAUGUGGACGAUAUCAACGUAAUCAUAAAGCGCGCUGGCGCCAAAAAGCUCAAGGCCAUGGUCAACGCUGCUCAGUUUCGGCGGAAGAUUAUCGCCCAGGAGUGGGACCACAAAGCGCUGCGACUAAAAAUACGCGACCUGAGGGAUCAGAUAAAGAUGAUCGAGAAGUGCAAGAUCACGAAGGAAGUCCAGGACUGGUUGAAGCGCAAGUCCAUGGGAACGAUGGAAGAUCUGGGACAGUUGGCGCUUGAAAGAGAAAUUGAAAAUACAAUUUACACCGAGGAGAAGAUGCUGAUUGAAAUCAAAAAAUCUGUCGAAGAUCUAGAAUCGAGGAUUGCCAACAAGAGAAAAGAAAACAAAACGUUGGACAAGCAAACUCAAGAACUGAACGUCGAUGUCACGGAGCAACAUCUGCAAAAGGAUACCGAAUUGGAAGAAUCGGAUAAGAAAGACGCGGAGAUUAGAAUGGGCGCAAUCGUUGACCGGGCUAGGCUAGUUCGGCUAGUUCAGACUCAACACUCGCAAAUUUUGGAGUUGGGGACCAUGCUGGAAUUGCAACGUCUUAAAACAUACCCAACCCUCACUGCCCCACCCGUGCUCGUUGAGAUUAAUGCACGCCAUGCAAAGACGUAGAUUUACUAUCGCUUUUUGUUUUGUGGUUUCUUCAUGAACAAUUUCGGGUGAAAUAAACUUAACCAUCCACAGUUCUUUCAUA